AUGGAAUCAGUUAUUUUAUACGAUGAUGAGGUUGCCAAGGCAUUCGGAUGUCUACCAGCUCAAUAUCUAGAGUGCUUGAAACAAGAUAAAUGGCUAUCCAAAAAGAUUGAGGAGCAAUUGGUUGGUCUAUAUUGCUCUGCUAGAGUCGAAAGAAACAAAGAGAAUAGGCGAAAGGCCAAAAAAUUCCAAUUCCUCUACACGGAUCAACUCAAAAUGGUCGAUUUGAUCAAGGCUACUACAAAUGAUAUCAACUUUGACGCCUCCGUCUUGUAA